CCAACUUUUUUCAUACGCGCAUUCUCUCUUGGAGUACAUAGCUAAGUUGCCAGAGACAAAUUUUGACAUUUUCGGCUGGUAAACUUGACAGGAUCUAACUAAAUUUGAGCGAGCCGGAAGACGAGAAAAAGCCGUACCGUCUGCCGGACACGAUGAGCAAGACGUACAAGGUUGCAAUGGACGGGCCGGACGGGCCCCUGACCGACGCCAACAUCAGCGACAAGCCGGCUGGUAAACCUUCCGGCGGUUCGUUUACCAGCAACAAGACGACCUUGCUAGUGACCUUGAGCAUCCUAGUGACGGAGAUGUGCGAGCGACUGACCUUCUACAGCAUCUCUGCCGGCCUGGUGCUCUUCUGUACGAGCAAGCUGGACAUCAAGCAGGCCACAGCCACCACCAUCAACCAGAUCUUUGGAGGUUUUGUGUACCUGAUCCCCAUCAUUGGAGGUUUCGUGUCGGACUCCUACAUUGGGAGGUUUAGAACCAUUCUGAUAUCCAGUUGUGUCUACAUCAUAGGUACCAUAUUCUUACCUGCGGCAGCUGUUGAGUACAGUGACUGGGGUUGGGGCGAGAUAAGUGUGACGGGCAGAACUGCCCUGUUUGGCUGUGCCCUGGUCUGUGUCGCCCUGGGCACAGGGGGCAUCAAGGCCAACGUCGGGCCGUUCGGGGCAGAGCAGAUCUCGUCGCUAGGACCAGAGGCAGUGCAGUCUUUCUUUAAUUGGUUCUACUGGGUCAUCAACGUGGGUGCUCUGAUCGCCUACACGGUGGUGGCGGCCGUACAGCAGGACGUCAGCUUCGCCUGGGGUUUCUUCAUCCCUCUGGCCACCAUGGUGCUGGCCCUCACCAUCUUCGUCUCCGUCAAGAACAAGUACGAGAGGACCACGCCCAAAGGCAGUAUCCUGACAGUCGCCUGGAAGAUUCUGGUCCAGGGUACAGGGAAGCGGCCCCCACACGCCCAGGCCCAGAAGUUUCCAGAAGGGAAGACGUUGCUGUGGAAGGCCAAGAAAACUUAUGGCGGGAGCUUUGAUGACGAGAUCGUGGACGGAGUGGUCAGUGUCAUCAAGGUCAUCCCCUUCUGUCUGCUGGUCAUCAUGUACUGGGCAGUGUACUCACAGAUGAACAACACAUUCUUUGCUCAAUCUGAACGUAUGGAUAUCCGGAUGGGAGAUAGUAUCAACAUCCCAGCCGCGGCCCUCAACGCUUUCAACACCAUCAUCAUCAUCAUCCUCAUCCCCAUCGUCGACAGACUAGUCUACCCUUGCUUCCAGAAGCUGGGCAUGCCCUUGACCUACCUGAAGAGAAUAGGGAUCGGGAUGAUAUUCGCCGCGGCCAGCAUGGUAGUGGCUGGCAUCGUAGAGAUCUACCGAAAGGACGGAACCUUCCACGAGCAGACCCUGGCUGACCAGACGUUCAACUCCUCCAGCAUGUCCGUCUUCGUCCAGAUCCCCCAGUUCGCCCUCAUCGGUGCCAGCGAGAUCUUCACCAGCGUCACAACGCUAGAAUUUGCCUACAAUCAAGCACCAGUCGCCAUGCAAGGUCUUCUGACUGGGCUAUUUUUAGCCGCUUCCGGUUUUGGCAACUGGGUAUCCACCGCCAUCUUGGCCAUCGUGGAGGAGGCGACGAAAAGCGACCCCUGGUGGGGUGACGAGAUCAACGACACCAAGAUGGAGAACCUGAUGUUCCUACUAGCCGGUCUGAUGGUCCUCAACUUCUUCAUCUUCUGCAUCGUCGCCCACUUCUACACCUACCAGGACCCGGCAACCUUCGAGAAGAAAACCCCAGAGGUCGUGGUGGAGCCGGAGAGCCAGGGUCUGGAGAACGAUUCCAAGUCGUACAAAACUUUUAGCGACCCUACACAGACAAAACCACGGGACACCACGUCUUUGUAAACAAACAA